UACUUUAAGUAACAUGGCGGAUGGACUAAGAGAAAAACACUUAGAUACAAUUGUGGUGAAAGAGGUGAACGAAAGUACUCCAAGAAAUAGUAUGGAAGCUGAAAAACUUUUAACUGAUUUAGCAGAAGAUUAUUCGAAGUUUCUAAGAACUGAUGUCAAGUUAGAGAAAGGUGUUCUUGAAGAGAAUAUUGAUGAGGUAUUGACUCGACUAGAUGAAUUUUGUGGGUUAGUGGACAUGGUACGAAGUGAUGAUACACUCUGUCUUUCAAACACCUUACCAUCUAUCUAUGCAAAAAGCCUAGAACUAGAAAAGAUUUUUGAAAGGAUUGAUAAACUGGAGGCCUUUAUCGAAAUUGUUCGUCAGAACCUUGAUGUCAUGGAAGAAAAAGUAAUUGGAGCAGAAUAUCUUCUUGGAGGCAGUUCUGUGAAAAAAUUUUUUUCAUCAUUACCAAAACCAAUAUUCUCAGUGUGUUUCUUCCAUGUUAAAUCCUGAGAUAGAACAUAGAUGCAACAGUGAAAUUUUUCCUGCGGCACCUACUGCCAACCCCAUGCCACAGUUAAAGAGUUUUGUUUUAUGUGCACCUUUUUAUUUUGAAUAAAUUAUGUUUUGAAAAGUGCUUUUGAUAAGCCAUUAUAUUAUUCUGGUAAGUCAUGAAACCUCAUGACUUUGUUUGCAAAGUCUAACAUUUUUUCUAAGCAUUGAAUGCUAUAUCUUCAUUUGAUUUCAGGUUCCUAAGGUGUUUAGUGAGUUUUUCAUGGCUUUGAUGUCAGUUAUAGCCAAGUUUUAUAGCAUUUUGUACAUUAGUUAUGUAUGAAGUAGUCCAAGGAACUUCGUACCUUUAAUAUAAGCUUCAUGUCUGAUGCCUGUUUUCUUCGAGGCUCAGUUUGCAGACAGCCAGGGCCUUUUGUAUGUUAUGCACCUCUCUCUCUCUUUCCUUUCUAGAACAGGUUUUGAUAUUUUUAACAUUUUUUCACCCAGAGAAUAGAAUAAUUUAUUUGAAAAAAGAAUAUGUGAAUUAAAAUGCAUUUCAAAUUGAGAGUUCACCUUGAUGGUGAAAGAAAUACUGAUUACUUUUUGAGAAUAAUUAUUCAUAAUAUAAGUAAGA